GACACCAGACUGUUCAACCCGCUGAGAGAGAAAGAGGGAGAGAGCGAGUCAUACUUUCCAAAAGCUCACCAUGUGUAAUUUGACUUCACUUGCACAAGCGACGGACUAAACUGCGUACGUCUCCGGAAUUUUCUUCUAUAAGGCCCAGUAGCCUUGCUUGCCAGGCUAAUAGACACACUGCUGGGGAACAAGAAUAGUCCAGCUACAUCGUGAUGCAGUGGCUCCAGGAUGGAACAACUAGCUGGGCUUGGCUCUGCCUCUAUUGCUGCCUCCAGAGUGCCUGGUACCCGGUGGGGGCGGAGGUGGGACCCACGCCCGUCCCAGAGUCCGGGGAGCCCAUGCAGGGAGACUGGGAGUGGGGCUCCGGUUCCUUCAACCUCCAGGAUCUACUCCACAGCUUCCCCGCCGACAGCCCUUUUGUGACAGAGACUCCGGAGAACCCUGUCAACUGCUCCCAGCGCUUCUGGCUGCCCUCGGCCUCCCCAGUCUGCUGGGACGACAUCGCCGGGCCGGAGGAGUUUGAGCAGUCUCGUCUGCUGGUGCUCCAAAAUAGGGCGGCCCUGCAGGCGGUGUCCCUGGCCAGCGAGGUGGUGGUAGAGGGGGGAACUUCAGCCUCGUUUAAACAGCAGGCCUUGGAGGACUUGCAGGUGGUGAGGGCGGACUACCUGAACGUGACAGAGACGACGGAGACCAUGCAGAAGGUGUUCCUCACACUGGAGGAGAAGAGGAAGGAGGGGACGGAGCACUGGACCUUCUCAAGUAUAAAGGAGCACAUUGCCAAAACGAAGGACUCCAUCAAUGGAAAAGACAACGUGGCAGCCCUCCUAGAGGAACAGUUCUCCAGCCUAGAGAAGUCUUUACACAUCAUGCAACUCCGACUUGACAAACUAAUGGCACAGUGAAUGAUGUGUUCUUCAGGCUAUUUUUUUGUCAGCUUUUGAAUGAACUGUACCAUCAUGUAAUAUAUCCCACUAACAAUGCAUGCAAACUCAGGGUUUAAAAAAACCUUUACAAAGCAUGAGGUGCACUUUCUCUGUAUAUGAACUAGGUAUUUUAUUCCUCCGUAGUCACAUUCCUAUUAGGUGUAUUUUAAUCCUAUCUGAAACCCAAACUGCAUGCAAAGCCUACAGCAUCAAGGAGAUUUUGAUGGAAAUAAAAUCUAUUUUUAUACUCAGCAUGCA